UACGGCUUCUCCCCGUGUGAGAUCUCUGAUGUUUUGUAAAAGAUCAGAUGUCUGUGAGAAAAACAAUUUCCCACACUCAGAACAGAAAUAUGGCUUCACCCCCGUGUGAGAUCUCUGAUGUAUGUACAGACUGGACGUAUCUGAAAAACAUUUCCCGCACUCAGAAACAGGAAUAUGGCUUUUCCCCUGUGUGAGAUUUCUGAUGUUUCUGAGACCAAUCGGCCUUCACUGAAAAACAUUUCCCGCACUCAGGACAGGAAUACGGCUUCUCCCCGUGUGAGAUCUCUGAUGCCUGGAAAGUACCGGACUUUUCUGAAAAACAUUUCCCGCACUCAGGACAGGAAUAUGGCUUUUCCCCCGUGUGAGAUCUCUGAUGUUUGUGAAAGACUAGACUUGCCUGAAAAACAUUUCCCGCACUCAGGACAGGAAUAUGGCUUUUUGCCCCGUGUGAGAUCUCUGAUGUUUGUGAAGACUAGACUGUGUCUGAAAAACAUUUCCCACACUCUGGACAGGGAAUGGCUUCUCCCCGUCGUGUGACAUCUUUUAUGCCACCUUAAGAUUGUACUUAGAAACAGAAACCCUUCCCGCACUCAGGACAGGAGAAGCUCUUCCCUGUUGGAAGGCCGGGCCCGGUCCAGCACAGUCUGAAGGUUCUCAGGAAUACAAGGAAUCGAUGAUCCAUCUACACUGGGUGGUGCUCCGGAUGGACAUUAAAGGAGAGCUGGGUUUUCUCCUGGACUAUACUGUGUGAUGUCCUCAUCUUCUACUUUCCCGUCUGGAGACAAAGUGAGACAAUCCUCGGAGAGUUUUUCCUCAU